CUGACAUUUGGUCAACCCGCCUUAGUGGCUCACGAAGGGUCCAAUGACCCGGAGCCUGCCAUGUUGAGCGGCCGCAACCUGUUCACGAAAUGGCUCUCCUUUCUGCGCCGCUGGUGCGUCUUUGGCAACCGCGCGCUCCUCCUCGGGAAUGUGCUGCUGCUCAUCAUGCUCUACAUGGCGCACUUUCAAAAGGAACUGGCUCGCAGAGAGGUGUUGGAAGCUGCCGUGCAGGACCUGCAAAGGGAGCUCGCGUCCACGCGAUCAUCUCUGCAGGAGACCAGAAGCCAGGUGCAGCUGCAAGGCGAGAAGGCCGUGAGGCUGCAAGCGGCGCAGCAGCUCUGCGAGCAGCGACGCCAAAUUUCCGCGAAGGAGCUCGACGAGCUGCGGGUUGUGGAGGAGGACGGCAGGAAGAAGCUGCAGGUCUGCAACGAGGACAUGGAUAUGUCCUUGGCAGCGUUGAACGCGUCGCGCGAGCAGCAGGCUCUGGUGGCAGAAGCGGUGCGUUGCUGCGAAUCCGUGCCUAUGUGCAACCUCUGCCGGAUGAGAAGAUAAAAUACAUGUCCAGUUCUUUGAGAA